AUGGCGCGCAAGCGGCCAAGGACACGCAGGUCCAACAGCGCCGGUCUGACGGCGCUCUCGCUCUGCCUCACCAAGCACCUCGCCCCCGCCGAGGGAGACGGCAGUGACUCGAACCUCGUCUUCUCGCCGGGGUCCAUCUACGCCACGCUGGCGCUGCUCGCCGCGGGCGCCCGCGGCGGCACGCUACAAGAGCUCCUGGACGCGCUGGGCGGGGGGUCCCGCGACGACCUCGCGGCGUUCGCCCGCCGCGUCGCGGAGCGCGCGCUCGCGGACCGGUCGUGCUCGUCGGGCGGUGGACCGGCCGUCGCGUUCGCAUUUCCAACAGCCGCCGCCGCGGCCUACAAGGCCGAGGCCCGCGCCGUCGACUUCAGCAACGAGCCCGAGAAGGCAGUUAACGUGAUCAACGGCGGCGUGGCGGCAGCCACCAACAACCACAUCGAUUCGAUCCUAGAUUCGAGUUCAGUGAACGCGCUCACGAACCUCGUCGUCGCCAGCGCCAUCUACUUCAAGGGCAAGUGGGAGGCACCGUUCACCAAGUCCAACACCAGGGUGGACAAGUUCCACCGCCUCGACGGCAGCUUCGCCGACGUGCCCUUCAUGCGCUCGUGGCGGAGCCAGCUCGUCGCCGUCCGCAACGGGUACAAGGUGCUCAAGCUCCCAUACAAAUCACCAGCUCCGGCGCCGCCGCCGCCAUCGACACAGCGUAGGAGGGCAUCGCAAAGCAAGGCUGCUGAUGAGCCCGACAAGGCUGCCGGUGAGCUCCCGAGGUACUCCAUGUGCAUCUUCCUGCCGGACGAACGCGACGGCCUUGCUGGCCUGGUCGCCAAGAUCGCGUCCGGCCCUGGGUUCUGCUACUACCGCCUGCCGACCGAACGUGUCCAGGUCGGCGACUUCCGGCUGCCCAAGUUCAAGCUCUCCGCCUCCGGCAGCGUAAUGCAGGUCCUGAGAGACGACAUGGGGAUCACUUCUGCUUUCGUUGCCGGCGAAGCGGACCUGUCCGGCAUGGCCAAGCGCGACGGCGACGAAGCCGGCACGCUGCUGCACGUGGGGGACGUGCGCCACAAGGCGGUGCUCGAGGUGAACGAGGAAGGUGUGGCGGUCGCCACCAGCAGCUAUAUGCUCUGCGGGGCUAGUGCGGUAAUGGCAGAUCAGCAGAAGACGGUGGAUUUCGUCGCUGACCACCCGUUUGUGUUCUUUGUGAUCGAGGAGGUGUCGCGAGCAAUCCUCUUUGUUGGCCGUGUCCUCGACCCUUCAAUUUAA